AUGAAGUUCGGCGAGCAGCUCCGUUCGAGCAUCAUCCGCGAGUACCAAUGGUACUACAUCGACUACGAUGCCCUCAAGGCCGACCUCAAGACAGCCACUGGACCCAUGGUGUCUAGCGAUGACAAGGGCAAGGGCAAGGGAACAAAACGGGAAUGGUCGGAGGAGGACGAGGGCCGCUUCGUCAAGAAGCUUGAGGCCGAGCUCGACAAGGUGCACACGAAGCAGCAGGUCAAGGCCAUGGAGAUCGCGCGGCGCAUUGCCGUGAGCGAGCGCGAGGUCAAGGGUGUCGUCGACCGCCUCAACGAGCGCGGCCCCCGCGAAGAUGGGCCCAGCGAGGAAGAGUUCAUGCUGCUGGAGGAGGACUUGAGCGACAUCAUUGCCGACGUGCACGAUCUUGCCAAAUUCGUCCAGCUCAACUACACCGGAUUUUUCAAGAUUAUCAAGAAGCAUGAUAAACUCACUGGCUGGCAUCUCAAGCCUGUCUUUGACAGCCGACUUAAGGCGAAACCAUUCUACAAGGAGAACUAUGAUGCUUCUGUCGUGCAGCUUUCCAAGUUGUAUGACUUGGUCAGGACGAGGGGUAACCCCGUCAAGGGUGACAGCGCUGCUGGUGGUUCUCAGGGCAGCUUCGUCCGCAACACGACAAAGUACUGGGUUCACCCGGACAACGUGACCGAGUUGAAGCUCAUUAUCUUGAAGCACUUACCUGUGCUGGUCUUCAAUGCAAGCAAAGAGUUCGAGCAACAAGACUCUGCCAUCACAUCCAUUUAUUACGAUAACCCAGAGACAUGGGAUCUGUACGAGGGCCGCCUCAAAAAGACUGAAGGUGCGGAGGCCAUCCGUCUGAGAUGGUACGGUGGGAUGCAGAGCGAGAACAUCUUUGUUGAGCGCAAGACCCAUCGAGAGGAUUGGACCGGAGAGAAGUCGGUCAAGGCGCGAUUUUCCGUCAAGGAGAAGAAUGUCAACUCGUACAUGCGCGGUGAGCUGCUGCCCGCCGCCCUCUUUGAGAAGGCGCGUAAGGAGGGCAAGAAGCCCGAAAAGCAGAUUGCCGAGGAUGAGAGACUCGCGAAGGAGGUGCAGUACUCGGUGCUCAAGAAGGGCUACAAGCCUGUGUGCCGAUCUUUUUACAACCGCACCGCUUUCCAGCUCCCUGCCGAUGCUCGAGUUCGUAUCUCGCUAGACACCGAGUUGACCAUGGUCCGCGAGGACAACCUGGACGGUCGCAAGAGGUCCGGCGACAACUGGAGGCGCAUGGACAUUGGUAUUGACUACCCAUUCUCGCAGCUGCCCCAGGAAGACAUCGUUCGCUUCCCGUACGCUGUUCUUGAGGUCAAGCUCCAGACUCAGCUCGGCCAAGAACCCCCUGAGUGGGUUCGUCAGCUCAUCUCCAGCCAUCUCGUCGAGGCUGUUCCCAAGUUCUCCAAGUUCAUUCACGGAGUCGCCAGCCUUUUCCCUGACCGCAUCAACCUGCUUCCAUUCUGGAUGCCGCAGAUGGAUGUGGAUAUCCGGAAGCCGGUUACACACGACUUUGGCAUCCACAGACCGAACCCUUCCACGACGACUACAACAUCGGACGAUGAAGAUGACGAGUUGGACUCUGAUGACGAGGAAGUCCCCUUGGCUUCCGGCAGCAACGGAGCCAGAAACGGGCAGUCCAACGGUCAGGGCGCUACCAGCAACGGAGGGAACGGCCUCGACGUUGAAGGCCAGACCGUUGACGCUAUUGCCCCAGUCGACAACGAUGAUUUCUUGUACGACUCGGACGAGGAAUACGAUGCCGACGAGGCCCUCGAAGAAGCUAGGAGAGUCGGUGGCUGGACGUACUACUCGGCGCUCGCCUCUAAGAAGGCACGCGCUCUUGGCGAAGGUGCCGUGAAUGUACUCAAGUGGGCUGUACCGCAUCCUCGCGGUUCAGAGAUCCCCCGCCGCGAAAUGCAGACGCAGCUUUUUGGUUCGGGGCAAAUCCAGACAAAGAGAUUCAAGGCCCCCAAGGGAAAGAAGAUCUACGUCCCAGUCCGUAUCGAGCCCAAGGUUUACUUUGCAGCUGAAAGAACCUUCCUUGGUUGGCUUGAGUACUCCAUCUAUGUCGGUACAGUUGCCGUCACGCUGCUCAACUUUGGGUCCAAGCCCACUACGGCGUCCUUCAUUGUCGCCGGCGUCUUCACUCUGCUUGCCAUUAUGUCGCUCUGCUACUCCGUCAUCAUCUACUUGUACAGGAGCAAUGCCAUCCGCUCGCGGAGGGCCGCCAAAUUCUACGACAAGUGGGGCCCCAGUGCUCUCUGCGUCUCCCUGUUCAUAGCCGUCGUACUUAACUUUGCGUUUGAGGGCCGGGAGCGCAAGUACUGGUGA